UUUAAAUUUUAUGGCUUUAAUUCUCUUUCUACUUCUUAGUUUGUGCACAACAUGUUGCAAAGCUGAUACAAGAAGCAAAAUUCUACCAGAUGAGCAACAUCAUUUUACUGGAUCAGAUAUCAUCAUGGUGAACAAUGAUUUUCAAUGUGUUGAUAUCUACCGGCAACCUUCUCUACAACAUCCGUUGCUAAAAAAUCACAAAAUUCAGCUUUACCCAACUUUCGCGAAGAACAUCUUGCAAAAUAGAUCAUCUUAUGGUAAAACAAUGAACAAAUGUCCAGAGGGAAAAGUACCUAUCUACAACAAGAUGGGAAGACGUCAAAUUAUCACCAAUUCGUCUUCAAAAUUACAAAUUGAUGAUUUUCAGCAGUAUUCCCAAAGUGCCCCUGGCUAUCAUACCGUUACCCUUGAUACAACCCAAAACACGGUAUUUCAUGGAGCAUACGCCGGUAUAUCUGGGUAUGAUCUAUCGGUUGAAGCAAACCAGUACAGCAUAUCUUCAAUUUGGAUUGAGAGUGGACCACCAACCGAACUUAAUAGCAUAAAAGUCGGAGUCGGGGUUCAUCAAAGCUUAUACGGAGACAACCAACUAAGACUAACUAGUCAAUGGACGGUUGAUGGCUACAAAAAAACCGGAUGUUACAAUUAUCUUUGUUCCGGUUUCGUGCAAGUAAAUCAUGACAAAGAGUAUGCUCUCGGAUCUCUCGUAACACCUGUUAAUUCUAUUGGAUCAACUGAAAAAGUUGCUUCUUUUAUCAAAAUAAAGCAGGAUCGAUCUACGGGUCAUUGGUGGUUAAUUAUUCAACUUGAGUCAAUAUCUGUUGGCUAUUGGCCAAAAGAACUAUUCAAUCAUUUGAGCAAAGGAGCAUCAUCAAUUAGAUUUGGGGGUCAAACCUAUUCUCCACCCAAUAAGGAUAGUCCUCCAAUGGGUAGUGGAAGAUUGCCUAAAGAAAAAUUUAUAAACUCAGCUUUCAUGAUGAACCUGGAGAUUAUUGAUUCAGAAUAUAAUGAAGUUGACGUAACAGAUAGAGAUAUGAAACCAUAUAGAGAUACUAAUCCAGAAUGUUAUGACUUAGCAUACAAUGGUUAUCAAGGAUCUGUCUAUAAGCAAGCUUUUCUUUAUGGUGGACCUGGUGGACGGAAUUGUGGUACAUGAUU